AUGCAGAUCACCACACCACUGCCUUCUGCAUCUAUGGGCUUUGCUGCUGCUGCUGCUGCUUCUUCUUCUCCUCUCGCUCUCUUCUUCGAAUGUGGAGCAGGCAUAGGGGCGGUGGCAGGAGCCUUGAAGGGGCAAACAACGGAAACGGGCAUAGUGCGAGGUGCGGUUAUCGGAUCGUUCGCCGGCGUCGUCGUCGCCGUCGAGCUUCUCGAAUCUUUCCUGCAAGGACUCCAAGGAGAGCUUCUCGAAAAGAUGGCCAUAUUUGGAAGCAUCUUAAAUGGAAAGGUUUUUCGCGAAUGGGUGAGCUCUGCCCUACUCAUUGCAUACGAGGAGCAGGUUACAGUAGAAACUAGCUAUGUGGAUACUUCAGAUUUGUUUGACAUCAGCAGAAGCAAGGGAUUGCUUUUAGAAAUGAUCAAUGAAUUGCCAGAGUUCAAUAUCACUGGCUUGGAGUUUGCAGAGCAAUGUGAAGAAGCUCUUUCAUGUUCAAUCUGCCUUCAGGAUUUCAACUGUGGAGAAACAGCAAGAAGGUUGCCAACUUGUGGGCAUUUUUUUCACUUGCUUUGUGUGGAUAAAUGGCUUGUAAGGCAUGGUUCUUGUCCUUUGUGUAGAAAGGAAGUCUAG